UUUUUAAAACAUUAAAUAAAAUCUUAUGCCCGCCCCUCCGGGCUGCGGGCGCGCGGGGCCGCGCCUCUCAUGGCAGCCGCCGCAGUGUGUGGUAUUUAGCGGGAGCGCGCAGCGGGCUUGAGGACGCGCAAAACGGCGGCGGCGGCGGCCACGGGGGAGCCGCGGCGGCCAUUGCGGGGCGCGCUCUCGAGCGGUGGCGGUGGCGGCGGCGGCCCAGGGUGUCCCGUCGGUGUCGACGCGGGGAAGAGGCGGUGGCGGGGGGUGGCGGCGACGGAGCGCGUGUGAGCCGGGACCCGGGUCCGAGGCGCGCUCUCCGCCCACAGAAAUGAGCCGUCAGACUGCGACAGCAUUACCUACUGGGACGUCCAAGUGCACACCGUCCCAGAGGGUGCCUGCCCUGACUGGCACAACCGCGUCCAACAAUGACUUGGCCAGUCUUUUUGAGUGUCCGGUCUGCUUUGACUAUGUGUUACCACCCAUCCUUCAGUGUCAGAGUGGCCAUCUUGUUUGUAGCAACUGUCGCCCAAAGCUCACAUGUUGUCCAAUCUGACGCGGCCCCCUGGGAUCCAUUCGCAACUUGGCGAUGGAGAAAGUGGCUAAUUCAGUACUUUUCCCUUGUAAAUAUGCUUCUUCGGGAUGUGAGAUAACUCUGCCACACACAGAAAAAGCAGACCACGAAGAGCUCUGUGAGUUUAGGCCUUACUCCUGCCCGUGCCCUGGUGCUUCCUGUAAGUGGCAAGGCUCUUUGGAUGCUGUCAUGCCCCAUCUCAUGCACCAGCACAAGUCCAUCACAACCCUCCAGGGAGAGGACAUAGUUUUUCUGGCCACAGACAUUAAUCUUCCCGGUGCUGUUGACUGGGUGAUGAUGCAGUCCUGCUUUGGCUUCCACUUCAUGUUAGUCUUGGAGAAACAGGAAAAAUAUGACGGUCACCAGCAGUUCUUUGCAAUCGUCCAGCUGAUAGGAACACGCAAGCAAGCUGAAAAUUUUGCUUAUCGGCUUGAGCUAAACGGUCAUAGGCGGCGAUUGACUUGGGAGGCCACUCCUGGAUCCAUUCACGAGGGGAUUGCAACAGCCAUUAUGAACAGUGACUGUCUAGUGUUUGACACCAGCAUUGCACAGCUUUUUGCAGAAAAUGGCAAUUUAGGCAUCAAUGUAACUAUUUCCAUGUGUUGAAA